AUGGCGAUUGUACAGGGCUGGUUGCCGCCGACGCGGGAAAACUACGAGACUCUCGUCUUAAUUUGGCAGUUUUUCUAUCCCCUUAUGGGCUCCCUGCAAUGGGUCAUUAAAUGGUACGGCAUGGGCAAGACUUCGGUCCAAAGCUCAUUCAACAUUCCCGGCCGGGUCGCUUGGAUGACCAUGGAGGCGCCGGGUUUCCUGACGUUGCUGUACAUCAUGAAUACUCUUCCCCAGGAGCACGGCAUCGACGACCUUCCCUGGCAGAAUCGCGUCCUUGGCGGUCUCUUUGUCAUUCACUACAUCAACCGCGCUAUCCUCUUCCCCCUCAUGCAGCCCUCCAUGGCCCCCAUCCACUUCAUCGUCUGGGCCGCUGCCCUCAGCUUUCAGCUCUGCAAUGCCGUCUGCCUCGGCUCCUGGCUCUCCGCCUACGGAGCCGUCACCUCGUCCGCGUGGCUCGCACAGUCGCCGCUGCCGCAGUUUGCCUUUGGCCUUGCCCUCUUUUACGUCGGCCUCGCCGGCAAUUGGUUCCACGACGAGGAGCUGCGCGAGAUCCGCCGCAAGGAGCGGCGCCGGCAGGAGCGCCUCCGCGCGGCCUCUGGCACAUCAUCAUCAACAUCAUCAUCUGUCAAGGUGGAAAAGCAUUACGAAAUUCCGCAGGCAGGGCUGUUCAAAUACAUGCUCUACCCGCACUAUCUGCUCGAAUGGAUCGAGUGGCUCGGGUUCUGGGUCGCAGCGGGAUGGAGCUGUGCGCCAGCGCGCGCCUUCUUCGUGAAUGAGGUGCUGUCGAUGCUGCCGCGCGCGGUAAAUGGGAAGAAGUGGUACACGGACAAGUUUGGUGAAGAUAAAAUCAGAAAGAAGUGGGUAGUCAUUCCGGGUGUCUGGUGA